GGAGGGGGAGGAGGAGGGGGAGUGUCACCGCUGUCCCGCAAGCACCGCUGGGAGAGGUGAAAUUCAGGAGCAGCAGCAGCAGCACGGGAGAGAGAGGUGGCCGAGACGGAGCGAGCCGAGAAAGAUGGGGGGCACGACGUGAACCUCCUUCCCCCUGCCCUCUGUAACGUCUUCAUCAUCGGCUUCAUCACUGAGCCCGCUUAAUUUAAAUGUGGCAUCAUCAUCAUCAGCGGAAGGAUCGUAAUCAUAAUUCGCAGCAGGAGCAAGAUAAUCAGCAGCGGCAGGAUCCUCAUCAUCCUUAGGAGCAGCGGCAGCGGCAGCAGCAGCAGCAUCAUCAUCACCAGCAGCAACAGUAGCUGCAGGAUCAUCGUCAUCAUUAGCAGCUGCAGCAUCAUCAUUAAAUCGUCAUAAUCCAUCAGCAUCAGCAGCAAUAUCAUCACCAUCAUCACCAAAUCAUUAUUGAAAUCAUAAGCGAUACCGAAACGUCGCGACGCACAGUGGUUCCAUCGCUCUGCUUGCAAGGAAGGAGGUAAAGAAGACCUGGGAUCUAACGAGGUGCACAGGCGGGCCAGGAGGAGGGGACGAAGGAGGGCUGACGAGGAAGAUUAAGGAAUACGGAGGAGGCGCGGAACCAGAGGUUGUUAACCACUCCGAAUCAUCUUCAGUCGGGAGUGUCCGAUCACUCCUCAGGCUCCCACGUCCUCUCUUUCACGGCUUCUCGACAAGAUCACGCCGGGCACGACCGCGGCGCUGUUGUCGCCCCGCACCACCCGACAGGAGGGGCGUGGUGGUGGGGAGCAUCCGCUUCAUCCCAAGUUCGAUCCCCGGGAUUUUUUUUUGUUAUUGUCGCCGUGGGAAUUUUUUUAAAGUUUUUUUUUUCCCAAUGGGAUCCUCCCGCGAUGGAUGACGGCGGCGCUUGGUGCGGCUGGUGCCCUGGAGCGAGGUGGGCAUGAAACCGCCGCCGCCGCUGCCGCCGCCGCCGGCGACGGCCCGAAAAAUGGAGCAGGGCUCGCAGCUCCCCGCGUCUCCUCUCUGGGCCUUCGCCGCCUUCCUGUUGGCGCUGACCGUCGGACCCCUGUGCAUGGGGCCCGGCACUGGCUUGAGCCGAGCGGAGACCGAGUCCAUCAUACACAUCGGGGCGAUCUUCGAGGAGUCGGCGCUCAAGGACCAGGAGGCGUUCAGCCUGGCCGUGGCCGACAUCAACGCCAACGAGGAGAUCCUGCAGAGCGAGCAGAUCACCUACUCGAUCCGCACCGUGGAGGGAGACAACCCCUUCCAGGCCCUGCAGGAAGCGUGCGAGCUGAUGGAGCAGGGCAUCCUGGCGCUCGUGAGCUCCACGGGCUGUGCCACGGCCUCCUCGCUGCAGUCGCUGAGCGACGCCAUGCACAUCCCGCACCUCUUCGUGGAGCGGGGGGGCCCCGCGGCCUCCCCCUCGUCGGCAGGGGGGGCGGCCGGCACGGGGGGCUCUCCCCGCAGCGGCUGCGAGCUGCCCCCGCACCCCCCGCCGCUGCCGCCGCAGACGACGAGCGACCCCGGGGCGCCGGGCGUGGAGGAGCCGCAGGGCUACACGCUGACCGCGCGACCGCCCGCUGUGCUUGGCCACGUGCUGACGCGCGUGCUCGCCGACUUCGCCUGGCGCAAGUUCAUCCUCUUCUACCAGGCUGGAUACGACAUCCGCGGGGUGCGCGGGUUCCUGGCGCGCGCCGCCCGCCAGGGAGCCGAGGUGUCGCUGCAGCAGGUGGACGGGAACGUGGGCCGCAUGAUCGCCUCGCUCUUCCGCUCGCUCAAGUACGAGGAGCUGAACCGCUACCGCGACUCGCUCCGCAGGGCCGUGCUGCUGCUCAACCCGCGCCUGGCGCGCACCUUCAUCGCCGAGGCCGUGGAGGCAAACCUCAUCGCGGCCGACAGCCACUGGCUCUUCCUGAACGAGGAGGUGAGCCUGGUGGAGGUGCAGGAGCUGGCGCGCGUCUCCGUCGGCCGCCUCACCGUGCUGCGCCAGGUGUUCCCCGCACCGCGCGACCCUGCGCACAGGUGCGAGCGCGAUGGGCACCACGUCUCGCCGGCGCUCUGCGACCCCCAGGAUCCCGCCUACAUGACCCCCGAGGUGAGCAGCCUGUACAUCUACGACAGCGUGGUGCUGCUCACCACCGCCUUCCACCAGAAGCUGGAGGACCGCAAGUGGCACAGCAUGGCGAGCCUGAGCUGCCUCAAGCGCUGGACCAAGCCCUGGAACGGCGGCCACUCCAUGCUGGACGUCAUCCGCCAGGGGCGCGUGUGGGGGCUGACGGGAGAGCUCCAGUUUAAUGAGCUCGGCGUGAACCCCAACCUGCAGUUCGAGGUCCUGGGCACGAGCUACGCCGACGGCGGCCAGGAGAAAACCGUGCGGAAGCUCGGCGUCUGGGAUCCCGUGAAUGGACUCAACGGCUCGCUGAGUGACAGCAUGCCAGGACGCAACAUCCGCGGGGUCACGCUGAAGGUGGCUGUCGUGCUGGACCCGCCGUUCGUGAUGAAGGCGGACAACGUCCUGGGUCAGCCCAAGCGCUUUGUGGGCUUCGCCGUCGACGUGCUGGAGGAGCUGUCGCGCCACCUGGGAUUCACCUACGACCUCUACCAGGCGCCCGACAACAGCUACGGCCGCCCGGGGCCCGGCGGCUCCUGGAGCGGCCUGCUCGGGGAGAUCCUACACAAGCAAGCGGACGCCGGCCUGGGCGCGAUGGUCAUCACGCCGGAGCGCGAGUCGGCCGUCGACUUCACGGUGCGCUUCCUGGACCGCGGCGUGGCCGUGAUGCUGCUCCGGCCCGACCCCUCGUGGCACCUGCUGUCGUGCCUCUCGCCGCUGGAGCCCGCCGUCUGGACCUGCCUCUCGGUCACCGUGUGCCUCGUGGGCGUCCUCGUGCACCGCCUCAACGAGCUGCACGGCAAGGACGAGGGCGGCGGCAGCGCCAGCGGAGGCACGGCCGACGACGAUGACUACGAGGACAUGGACGACGACGCGGACGAGGACGAGGAGGAGGACGACGCCGGAGCGCGGGCGAGCGAGAGCGGCAGCGGCAGCGGCCGAGACGGAUCCGGAUCCGCCGUGCGGCGGCGGCGGCGUGCCAGCUCGGCCUCCUGCCGGCGCAGGGCCCGAGGCCCGCGUGGCAGCGGCGGUGCUGGUCGUAGUGGCGCCGGUGGCGGCGGUGGUGGACUAAACAAGCCCCUCAGCAUCCCGACCACAAUCUGGGCCCUCUACUCUGCGCUGAUGCAGCAAGGAGGGGAGCUGGUGCUGAUGUCGGUGUCGGCGCGGGUCAUGGUGGCCGUCUGGUGGUUCUUCACGCUCAUCGUCGUCUCGUCCUACACGGCCAGCCUGGCCGCCUACCUCACCCUGUCGCGCCUCACCAGCCCCAUCAGUUCGCUGCAGGAGCUCGCGAGGCAGACGGAGAUGUCGUACGGCACGGUGCUGCACUCGAGCCUCUACGAGCAGCUGCGAGCGCGCGCCGCCAAUCCCGUGGGGCCCGAGCACGGCACCUACGCCAAGCUGUGGGAGGCCGUGAGCCGCAACAACGGCUCCGACAACUGCGUGCACGACCUGGACGAGGCCGUCCACCGGGUGAAGCGUGGGAACUACGCGUUCGUGUGGGACACGGCGGUGCUGGAGUUCGCCGCGCUGUCGGACGGCGACUGCUCGCUGAGCGUGCGGAACGUCGGCUACGACAAGGGCUACGGCAUCGCCCUGCAGCACGGCAGCCCCUACCGGGACGCCUUCUCACAGCGGCUGCUGGAGCUGCAAGAGAGCGGCGAGCUGGAGGCGCUGCGCCAGAAGUGGUGGCCUCGGCGCGGGAAGUGCGACCCCUACGGCCCGGGCCUUCCCCAGCAGCGGCCCCCGGGCCUGGAGCUGAGCAGCCUGGCCGGGGCCUUCGCCGUGCUGGCCGCGGGCCUGCUGCUGGCGUGCCUGCUGGGCGCCUGCGAGGCGUGCUGGCACCGGCGCUCCGGGAACCUGUGCCCGCCCAACGACGACAAAGAGCUGGAGAUGGAGCAGGCGCACCAGCAGAUGAAGGGCCUCGGUGCGGCGAGCCGGCACGGCGAGGGGCGACCGGGGGACGGCGACGGCGGGAGCGGCGGCGGCGGCGGCGGCGGCGACCGCGACGAGAUGCACAAGCGGAUCUUCCUCACGCCCGUGGAGCUGCCGGCUCUGGACGCCGCCCGGAGCGAGGGGUUGUGCGAGGCCUUCGAGCUGCCCACGCCGCUGCCCCUCGUCGCGGAGCCGACGGGAUCCGACGCUGCCGCUCCCGAGGCAGCAAAAGUGCAGCAGCAGCAGCAGCGGCGGCGGCAGCAGCAACAGCACCAGCAGCAGCAACAGCAAGAGCUUCACGAGAGAGAACAUCAGCAGAUGCAUCAUCAGCUUCAGAAUCCUCAUCAUCAACUGCAGCUCCAGCAGCAGCAGCAUCAACAGCAGCUGCUGCAGCAGCAAUUGCAGCAGCAGCAGCAGCAACAUCAACAGCCACAGCAGCGGCAUCAACAGCAGCUGCUGCAGCAUCAGCAGCCACAG